AUGGCAGAAUGCACGAGUGAUUUCCUGACUUUCAUACCAAGCGAGUCACGAUCAAGCGCCGCUCAGGAAGCCAUCCGAGUGCACGUACUGCGCAAUCGACAUCGGCAGCGGCGGGAAACACAUCGGAUCCGUGGUGGCAAUGGUGGUGGGAAGGAGCACAGCAACAAGGCGCGCUCUCCUACUGCUUCUGGUUUCGCGCAGUAUGGUGGCCAGUUCCAGAUAUGGCAGCCUGAUGUGCUUUCAAAAUCACGAUAUGUCGCAUCCCCUCCUGAAGUAGUGGGGUCGAUUGGCUUGGAAUAUAUCGGGACUACAGGUUCAAGUACCUCCAGUAUGGAUGAUGCUGCUUUGACCUACCCGAUACAGGACGAGGGCAUCGAGUGCAUCUCACCGUUGAACCCGGCUGGACUCGGUGAGACAGUUUCCAACGCCACUUCAGAGACAGGAUCACCCUCGUCGGACCGAGAAGCGAUCGAGGAGACGCUGAUCCAACACUACAUAGCCUCCGGCGGCAGCCCGAUCGCGCACGACUUCCUACGGGCGUUCCGACAAUCGAGCGCGACUUUCAGCGCGUUUCUGGCGAUGGUUUCGGCACGAGUGUGGGACGAACAGGGCGGGAAUGCAGCACCACUGCUGGACCCGACGGAGCUCGAGAGCCAGGCGCUGCAGGGCGUGGCGCGCGAGAUCUCGGCGCACUCACAGACCCGGCCAGCGUGGAGCACGAUCCUGACGGUCGCGCUGCUCGCGAAUCUGCGCGACGGCCGCGACCUCGCGUGCCACUGGAGGGGCCUCGUCGAGAUGGUGCGGCUGCACGGCGGCGUGGGCGGGUUGCGUGCGCACGCGGAAUUCCACGCGUUCCUCCUCUGGGCAGAGGGGAUUGCGCCCGAUGGAUGCCCUGAGUCGCUCGGGCAUCUGGAUCCGGCGUAUGUGGCGGCUCGGGAGCUGGGGGCCGGAUCCUCCAUGAACGAGCUCCAGGAGUUUCUCGCGCGCGUCGACGCGCAGCUCGUCGCCGACCACGUCGAGCCCAAGCACACCAGCUGCGCUCCACCGCCGGCGCCGCCAUGCAAGCUCACCAGCCCGGUGCUGGCAUCACUGCAACGACCGCCAGUCAAGCGUGCCGGGUACGUAUGCGACAAAUGGCGACGGGCGCGCCUGGCAUGUCUGGUGGUGUUCGCGUCCUUCAGCCUGCAGCAGCACCCGGCGUGUCGACUCCAGGAUCACCCGCAGUACCGGGUCGUCGAGGCCGAGGUGCGCAGUCGCGAGCGCCGCUACACCGUCUUCGCCGAGGAGCUGUACUACGUCACGGUGCUGGUGGGCAACACGGACCAGACGUGUGCGUUGACCUGGCUGGUCGCGCGCCGCGUCAACGCCCUCAAGCGCCUGGAGAUGCGCGACCGUAAUACCUGCUAUCGUCUGCUGGCCUUGUAUUUGGGGUUUCGGGACCCUCAUGCGGCUGAGAUGCUUGGUGGUGAGUGGAGAGAUCUAUCUGAGCGGCUGUUGCUGGUUGAUGAUGGGGUCCGCACGCGAAAGGAGAUGGAUCCACCUCCCGACCCUCCCUGA